AUGGAUGCUCCCGGUGAGGACAGGAACAGUAUGAAAACAGCAGAGAGCAAUCCUGAAAAGGAGGCGAUUAGCUGGCUAUACCUGAAGAAUGUUGAAGAAGGCAAUCAGGAAGGUAAUGAGGACAAAGGUGAGGAUGAAAUCGGCAGUCAGAUUGCUGACGAUGACACAGAGGUUAGUAUUGCUGCUUUGAAAGCUGUUGGCAUCAUAGAUAAGAAAAGAAAAAGGGAAGAGCGUGAAAAGAAGAAGAGUAAGAAGAGCAACAAGAAAAAACGCCAUUCAAAGAAGGCUGAUGACCAAGACGCGCAUAGCAAUGUUGAUCCAGCAUUAUCCGGGCUAGAGAUGGCCUUGGAUGUCACUGAUAAUGUUACCAAAAACUAUAACACAUUCAGUGGUAAUGAGAUCAGUGAUGAGAUCAGUCACCAAUUCUCCAAGAGCAAUGGCAAAGUCGGUAUAUCACUUUCAGAAAAUGGUACUAAUACAUUUUCCUAUGCAGAUGGAAUUAAUACGACAAAUAAUGAUCAAUCAAUUAAGGAUACAGAAAAAAACUAUAAUGACAUCAGUAAUAAAAAUAAAGAAAAGAUUGCGAAUAGAAGUGUACCCUCUACCAUAAAAGGUGCAGGCGAACUGGAUGAUGCAUUUUUGGAAAAGGGAAUCAUUGACAGCAAAGUUCUAAAGCCAUUGACAGAUAAAUUGGAUUCAUCAGAUGGUAUUCUGAGUUCAUCACUACAAUCCGCUGGCAGAGGUUUUGAUGCAGAAGAAGACGCUAAACUUGACGCUUAUAUCAAUGAAUAUCAGAAAAUGAAUUCCUUCACACGCGAACAGCUCUGUGACAGAAUAUGGAAUAAUAAUGGUCAAAGGGAUGACUUUUGGAAAACCAUUUGUAAAAUUUUGCCAUACAGAACCAGAUCAUCUUUGUACAAACACGUUAGAAGAAGAUAUCAUAUUUUUGAACAAAGAGGUAAGUGGACAAGAGAAGAAGAUGAGAUUUUGGCGAAAUUGUGUCUUGAAAAGGAGGGACAAUGGUCAGUUAUUGGUAAAGAAAUGGGAAGAAUGCCUGAGGAUGUCAGAGAUAGGUGGAGAAAUUACAUCAAGUGUGGAGAGAAAAGGGCAUCACAAAAAUGGACCGCUGAGGAAGAAACUAAACUGAAAGAGGUAAUUGGAACCAUGUUCAAAGAGGCUGCCGAAUAUCAUCAGAAGCGUGAGACCGAGAUGGAUGGUAUUCAUGAUGGAAUCAUUGAUGCUGAAGACAAAAAUAAUCAUCUACUAACCAGAGGGCCAAAAGGUAGGGUUCUUAAUGACAAACCUGGCUUUAAUGAAGUGAUAAACUGGACUGUUGUUAGUGAAAGAAUGGGAGGAACUCGUUCACGUAUUCAAUGCAGAUACAAAUGGAAUAAAAUGAUCAAAGAUGAAGCGCUAAGUAAAGUCAAAAAUGUUACUGAUGAGGAAGGCCGCUGGCUGUUAAAGACUCUUCAAAAUCAUAACUACACUCACCAAUCACAUAUUGACUGGAAUUCGAUUGCUACCGAACAGCCUGAAUCUAAUAAAUGGUCACCAUUAGAACUGCGACUGUGUUACGAAAAGCUUCGUGAGCCAAUUGAUAAUAUAAAAAAUAAAACUGUUACCGCAAUUUGUACGGAGCUGCUUUCCAAGGAGUGA